GUUGGAAGUCUCGUGGAUGGAUCGGAGUUGUGUGGGCUCAACGGACGCUGUCGCAUAUCUGGCACGUUUCAUGGCUUUAUCUAGAGGUUAUAGUUUCCUUCAGAUAGUCGCAGAGAGGACUGGAUUUGUUGCUCCUUGACUCAACCAUGCAAUAUACACCAGGCCCGUUUAUCGUCGCUUGCAUCAGUCCAAGUCGGAAACCGCACGCACCAAUUCAGAAUACUCCGACUCUCCAUCAUGCCCUCGACUAUCUCUGCUCUCCUCGAACCUCUCCAGUGAACCGUCCACGAUUUGCGUGGUCUUUUCAUCCAGCCUUCGAGGAGCGGUGAGGGCGCUCCAUGAGGAUUGAGGAGGCGGGUCCUAGAUUUCUUCUGCAGGUGCCGUAGUCGUUCAAAAAGCCUGCGAUGCC